AUGCCUAUUCUGACAGCGGUUGACCGUUUCACGCGAUGGCCGAUUGCCGUUCCAAUCUCGGAUACCUCGGCAGAAAAUAUCGCUAUAGUUUUUCUGACGCAUUGGAUUUCAACUUUUGGUGUUCCAGCCACCCUUACUACUGGCCGCGGGAGUCAAUUCCAAUCUAGCCUCUUCCGUGAGUUCACUAAACUGCUCGGGUGUGCGCACAUCACAACCACGGCAUACCACCCUGCCUUCAACGGCCUCGUUGAGCGUCUGCACCGUCAACUGAAGUCCGCACUGAUGUCCCAAACAGAAUCAGCUUCUUGGAGUGACAAUCACCCUCUUGCGCUUUUGAGCAUCCGAUCUUCUGUCAAGGAGGACAUCCAAUGCACUGCCGCCGGUAUAUCCUUCCGUCUUCCCGGCGAAUUUGUGCAGUCUUCCACGACGAACACCACCGUCCCGAGCACCUUCGUACAGCAGUUGAAGCAACGCAUGGCUCAACUGCGUCCAACCCCCACUCGUCUGACAUCGAAACGUGUGUUUGUGCAUGAGGACCUUAAAUCUGCCCCAUUCGUUUUCGUCCGGCAUGACGUGGUUCGCAAGUCUCUUUGUUCCCUGUAUGAUGGCCCAUAUAAGGUUCUUCAGCGGAUGGACAAAUAUUACGUCAUGCAGACGGCUGACAAAACUGACACAGUCUCCAUCGACAGACUUAAGCCAGCCUAUCUUGAAUGCAUCCCGCCGUCAGUUGUGCCAUCGACUUCCUCUGCACCGUCCUCGUUCGAUCCACCCGUUUCGGUCCCAUCCACUCAAACACCACACUCGACCACCCCACACACCCAUCCUGAUUCUCCUACCACUGCACAACGCACCUCAUCUCGUUCUGGUAGACAUAUCCAUUUUCCUGCCAAACUCAAAGAUUUUUGUUGUAACGUUUUGCUUUUUUUAUCGAGCGUUUUUUUGUACAACAAACGCUCUGGCGGGGGAGUUGUGUAGGUUUACGCACAUUUUCGAUUUUUCUCUCUAAACUUUCCUGUACACCUGAACGUUUCUGUACUAUUGUUUAAAUCAGCUUAAAUACACAUACUUGGUUUCGACUUGUGAAAAAGCGUGACUUUUGUGUUUUGGUUUCGAGUGUGCUUGACGUCGUCAUUUCUUGGCCUUCGUUUGUAACCUCUCAACACUCUUAGCAAUUUGUAUGAACUGACGGAGACUCCCUCCUCACAAGCCUACUUCACCAUAUCAUCGCGGAGCCGACUGCCUCUAUUCAACCGGUUCCUCAUCGGAACACUAUCUCGCUACUUGAGAGGAUUCUACUUUGCGUGAGUCUGGAACAUUCCUUUUCUGAUUUUACGAAUCUUUACAUUCUUUUCUUUUUGUUGGUAAACACAAUUCCCCCAUUUAGAGUCAGCUUUUCCUGCAUAUAUUACUGUUUGUAGUUUUUAAGUCCACGUUUCCACUACACAGUCGACUUUACAGAUUCUCCCACUCAGACAUGACUAAACCCCGUUAGCUCAUGGCUUGAGCUCGUCAAUAGUCAAAACCUUCGGUGACAGCUGCUCAGGGUUCUGUAAAGAAUAAAUCCCUCACCAUGGUGUCCUUCUUCUCGUCCUGUUACCCAGAACUUUGCCUAAUUACUGUAAGCCCACUGCCCUGACCCACGUAUUCUUAGCACAGUAGGUGUGCUAACUCAUGAAAUUUUAACUGAAAUUCUGAAAUGCGUUUUUGUUUCGAAAAGAUUACUUAUGUGGGGUUUUAAAGUUAACCAUCAUGCAGCAUAAUUAUAUAAUAAUUCAGUUACCGCAAGAUAUCGGCUUUUGAAAGAACUUUUACCCGUCCGCAUGCAGAAACUAUAGUCUGUUAAAAAUGACAACUUAAGUGGCGUGCAUUUUCUCAUUGAUUUUUGAUGCCCUUAAAAAUUUAAUUAUAUCUCGUAAAACAUCGUGUCUCUGACUUUACUAAUAUUGCUUUUUAAGUCUGCAAUACUGCUCAAAUCCACCGCUAAAUUUUGCAAAUCCCCUAUGACCUACUUCUAAUACAAUAGAGGAAUGAAUGCUUUUCCGUAAGUGAAUAAUAUGCUGCUUGUAGUUUGAAAACCCUAAACGUAAGUGUAAUGGCAGGUCGGUUUCAAAAUUAUUUUGGAAUUGGAAAAAGCUUUAGAAAAAAAAUCAUACCCUUCCUUCGGGCAAGCAAGUCAGCUGCUUCGUGUCAUUGUUUCGUUGAUUGCACUCAUUUGCGUCAAUCACUUUUAGUCAAUCUACACGAAACUUUGAUAUCUUUUGGCCAUAUUUAACUGGACGUAAUUUCACCUGAGUGACAAGCCUCAUUUACUGACUUCGUCUCGGAUUUUACCCAGCACAUUCACCCUACGGCCAACCAUUGUGGAGAAGGCUUUAUUUAUCGUGAGUCUGUACAAUUAUUUACUUUUGUCGUUUUUCUUAUACUCAUUUUGCUAUCGUUAUUUUUCUUGUAAGAAACGCAGCAUCCUCCACCUAGAGUUAGAUAUUUAUUAUUGCUUGUAAUUUAGUUGCCGUUUACACUACACCUGUUCAUUAAAUCAAGGAAUGGGCAGCAAUAUUUGAGAGUAGGAAGGACAACUAUUCGCUAAUGUCCCGAUUUGAUUUCAGCACGGUAGAAAUUAUAAGAAAUGACGAUGUAAAUCUGGGCAGCUUUCGACGUAAUUUUAUCGACGUGCCGCGAGACCUCUAGAUUAAUGCUUUAGCUUAAACCUGAGUUCUUGAUGAUGGAGCACUCUGUCAUAGGGGUGCUUUGAAAAAUUACUGGUUGAUGUAGCCUUCUGGGUUCAAAACAAAUGUAGCGGCAUUUGGAAGGAGAGAAUUCUACUAGCCAUGUUUUACUCCAUCCGGAAAGAGCAAGCAAAUCAUCAUGGAUUUGCUCCUGACAACGUUAGAUCGUCGAUUUGAAGAAAGAAUAUGCGCAUCUGAGAUCAUCUGGCAGAUUAAAGUUCUAGACUGCUUAACAACCGAUGAAAUAGCAUUGAUUUAAAUGGAUACCAAAAACGAACAUAACGCGUACCUUGGGAGGCACAGCUCACUGCAACAAAAGGACCCCAAUUAGAGAUUGUGUUUCCAACUAGGUAGGUUGACCUACUUAAUUCAACAGGGAGCCUGUACAGUCCUAGGGCCUCCAUUUUAAACAAGAGUUAUCGGUUUUGGCUCUUUAUCAUAAGCCUUACUAAGACCAAAAUAGACAACGGCAACAGAUGGACGAUCCUCAGGAAGAGAAGUGAGUAGAUUCAGAAAAGACGUAUGACACGUUUCACAAGAGUGAUCGGACAAAAAUUAUGUUUGGGAGAGCUAAGAACCUGAUUUACUAUGCGAAAGUCAGUUAUUUUUCAUGAAAAUAAUUUUUUAUUCAGUUUAACGACAGACGGCGCUUUAUGAACAUCCCGACAAUUUUAGACAUCAGAUCGGCAGCCAGAUUUAUAUAAUUGCAUAUUAAUAUAAGUUUUCUGACAUUCAUGAAAGAAGUCAUUCUCGAGAACUACUCGGAAUAAUUUGCUUAGCAGAGGAGGAAAAUCCCUUAGCUGUUUAAAAAGAGAGUUCUGGAUGUUGUUAGUUCUUACUGGGUAUGAUUUACUAAGCUAGCUUAUCAUUUUCUGAAUAUUUGCAGGAACAAAAUUAUUGGUGGGAGGUAAGUAUCAGACGACGGAGGAAUUUAGGAGAUGGGGUCGGUUUCAAAUGGUAAAAUGAUUGACAAAGAACGAAUUUGACAGUUCUGCUUUUCCCGACUCCUCUGUGAUCAAAGUAUUACUACAACUAAACAAAGGCAAAUGGCUUGGUGGGAUUUAGAUAACGAUCUCGUAAGAAAGACCUGAACAACAUACCCAGAAACGUUUGUACCACCAGUAACUAAAACUCUGUACGUCUCUCCCGUUCAGGCCUCGUUUUUGAAGCUGGUUCAACUAUUUCUGCGAUUCUGCAGUGAACCGAAGGAUCCUUUCAAGUAUGUUUUUGAGAAAGUGUGGGACAGUAGAAGAAGCAGCACCUUAAAUAGACAUCUUCAGUGAAAUGAACUCGAGAAGAUUUCCUGUUAAGCAUUUCAACAAAUCGUGGCAAAAGUUUGGAUCAUUAUUUAAAAUUUAUUGUUACAGUCUAUAGUGCUUCUAACGUUAUUCACUAAUUGGUUGCUAACAUUAGCAAAGUCAAGGUAGUUAAGCCUUUCCGCUGGCUUUGAGAAAGGGGAAACUGGAAGACAACAAUUGAUUAACAUAUGGUUACUCGUAAGAAGGUCACGAUGGAAACCCUCAAAAAAUGGUGGUUGAAAUUCGUAAAAAUUUAAUCUUAUGCCCUAUGGUUGCUGAUCGAUCCCUAUACGACAGGCAUGCUGUCCGCAUCGCUUUCUUUGACUCCCAGAAAGCAUUAGACAGUAUGCCUCCACCAGCGGCUGAUAUAAAAGCUGGAAAAAAGUAGGGAUCAGAGGUAACUUCCACAAAUGGGUCGCAAAAUUCCUUGUGAGUCGGCACCAGGUUGUGCACAUCGGUCAAGGAAAAGCAGAUCCUGCUGUGGUCUAGAAUGAGGUUUCCCAGGCGUGGAAACUGUGCAAGGACCCUGGACAGCGAACCAGCAAUGUUUUUCUGACGACAGGAAAAUAUGGAGUAUAAUUCGGGACCCUACCGAUGAAUAUUGACAGCAGAGCAACUGAAAUCGGUUGGAAGAAUAGUCAACUCGUUGGAUCAACAGCGGCAGAUGUACCUUGCUUCGUCAAUGCAACCCAGGCGGGUCCGCCGGUCUAAGAAAUUACUUUCUCGACGGAGCGGUCUUGUGAGACGUGGAAAACGAAAGGAUCUCGGCGUGCUGCCAGCGAACUCAUUAAAACCAUUCGCUGAGUGAACGAGAGUUGCAAAAUGCGCAAUGUCCGCACUGCACGUCCUCAAGCGAGCCUUUAUGGACUCUGAGGAAGAGGUCUUCUUCAAGAUCUCCGGAACGUUUUUUGGCUGCACAUAGAAUACGGUAUCCAACCCUGGGGACCGCAAGAUGUCCUAAGUCGAAAUGGUCCCGAAAGAGUCCAAAACAGAUCCAAGGAAAACGUUAAGGGUCACGGCUUGUUUUCCUCUGCAACCCGCUUAGCAAAUCGGAACCUCCUUCCUUUGAGUUAUAGGCAUCUGUGCGGGGAUCAGUUGCAGCCAUUCCGAAUCGUGAAGGGAUUGGAUUGCAGCCUGGCCUUUGAUGACUUUUCUGACUUUGCAACCACUACCAAUAUCCGAGGCCACCCAUUUGAACUGCGCACUAAACGGACAUGGUCAGAGUUGAGGCGCACAGUUUAACUUCAAAGAUAAGUGAAGCCUUGCCUUUACUUCGGUAUUCCUAGGUAGUUAGCGUGUAUUUCCGACUGAACCGUUCUUAAAAGUUACUCUCUACUGCUGCGUGCAAUUCCUUUCCGCCUAAUUGGACUGUCUGAUAAAUUAUUUGCAUUUUGCGCAGCAUUUGCUUACUUGAUCCCGUAUCUGACUAUUCCUGUCUAUUUGCUGUAAUAAAUUAGCAGUAGUACUUGUUGUUCUGUGUGUGUUUUCGUAAAAUGGCAGCAUUUUGAUCUCUGUACAGCAAGGAGAAACUUGUCUAUUAUGUUUUAAUGCCCCGAAAGAGAUUUGCUAAAAGAGCCAAGCUGGCAACAUCCCUCAAUUUCUGAGAGCUAUAAUCUUGGCCAGAUACACAGCGGGUGCCAGCGCUUCUUCCCAGUUUUCUCUGGAUAUGGUUAAAUCAAAAUUCCAUCGUUCCAAAUUGAGCCAUUUGACCCUUUGGUAGCUCAAAACUACAGCUCGGAUAGGCGUAACAGAUCAUCUUCUGACGAAAACUAGGUCAUUGGGUACAUGCGUUAUAUACGGUACUUCCGAGAAGAUUAUUGAAUAAUCAUGUAAAGUUUUUCAGGUAAUAAGCCUUAAAACGCAGACAAGGACAAAAUGCAAGCACAGUUUCGCGCUGUUUGACGUUCAUAAUCACUUAACUGCUAUGGGGGUGCGUAUUUGUUUCUGAAAGUUGUGGCCCGGGUUUCAAAGUCGCACAAAUUAAUCGAUUACGCUCGCUCGGCCGUAAUAUUCCGAUAUUAGUUACUUUCCCCUCGUUGACAGAAUUCGACUCCAUCUCCAACUGUGUCUUUACUGACAUUGCUCAGCUGCUUCGGACUUCACACCAAGGCGAAGGAGACUAAACAACUUGAAAAUGUCGACAACUAACAAUUACAUGACAGCUCCUGCUUUUAUUUGAAAUACGUCUGCGGCCUCACCACUUCAUAAAACAGCUACUUUUGUAGGGCAGUCGACUACCGCUGAUGUUUAAGUCUAUCAACGCAAAAACGCGUCUCUUACGCACACAUUUCUACCUACUACACCAGCAAACCCUAGUAAACCAAUGCAACUGGCUAAUACAAAGACGAGUCAGAGCGAAAUUUUGGCCACUUGAACACUGAUGAAAUGUAGUCUAUCUAAAAAAACUUCCCAGCCAUAACCGCCUAGAAUUUAUUCAAAUUCCAUGACUCCGAACAGCGCGUUUACGACUACCCCCAGACCUUAUAUCGAAGCAGUACAGCUGAAUAUGCCAAAAUUUCCGUCUUUAAAUAUAAUUCCUGCCCCGGUGGAAGAAGUUCGUCUCCCACAAAAUUUUUCCUCCGAGGCCGUUUUACUAAUGCAUUCCUCAUGCUAAUGUCCAUAAUGGGUCAGUUAACUCAUCUGUUCCUCAAUUUCGCGCCGGCGGGAACACAUUCCAGUAUCCAGUCCGUGGAUUUCGAGCAGAAAAUAAGAUAGCUUACAAUGGUCACCAGUUUCCUUGCCCGUCAUUUCCUCCCUCAAAUCCUACCCCUCUUAAUUCGCGUCAGGAUCUUUUGAUGCGAAAAAAAAUUUAUAGAGUAGGGCAGGAGAGUUGACUUCAAUAUUCCGUGGACAGCCAAACACUAGACGACGUAGCUCACCUCCCUCAGAAACAAACAGUCUUUCCCCUUAAACUUGUCGCCCUAAACGCCAGAUCCUUCAACAUAUGAUGCCCCUGCCUCAGACUCUGAUAUUCUUCGAUUGUCCAGAUAUUGUUUUAGUAAGUGAGACAUGGGCAACCGUUUUCGCAGCUGAUUCCGAACUCUCUCUCUUCUGAGCUAUACUUGCAUUCGAAAUUAUCGUCAAGUCAAUGGUGUUGGGGUAAGCCCCAUCUAUGUUAAACAAACACUUGCAUUUCUACCGCUAGACCAUCUGUACUAAUUCGCGAUAGAAAGUAGCUGCUGAUUUCAAGUCGCUCCAAAAAACGGGCACCUUUACUCGUCUGCAGCGUUUACCGUUCACUCAAAGCCCGUGAGGAUUUUGAUCUUUAUUUUUCAAAGGCAUUCCAUGUCGGGGCCCAAUUGAACUUAAAUUGUCAUUAGAUUGCAGGCGAUAUCAAUCUUCCUGAAGUCCGCUGUUUUCUGUCUUUCUGUAGCAGAAUGUGAAUGUUGACAUAAAGAGUCACGCUAUCGGAAUUCCCACCCGCGGAUCAAGCAUAAUGAACCCAAUUUUCUAUAUAGAUCGUAUGCCUUGGUCGUCGUCAGCUCCAGGUACACUCGGGGCUCAGACCAAGACAUAGUUGUUUCGGCGUUAUAACUCGUGGUUGACAAAAUUUUGUCCUCAAAGUAUAGUUUCUUCGAUUUACAAUUACCUCGUUUGACCGAUUUAUUAACACACCUUAAUUCCUACAAACAGAUUGACUUCCCCAUAACUUUGGACCCAAAUGUCUGCACUAUCAAACUGUACGAAAUUUUGGAUCAGCUCAUACCUCGUUUCGUCCCCCGUAAGAAAAUAAUCAAUAUCGGGGUGGGGUUUUCCUCCCGUUACCCUUUCGCCGUAGGUUUCGCAGACGUCCUUGUCGAUGCAACUUUCAGAAUGGCGUUUUCGUUCUGCCCUCGAUUUGUGAUAUUUCUGAGCGGGUUAAUGGAUUGUCCGAAGAAAGACAGGUGGCUGAAGACGUCCAAUUCACCAAAAGCAGCCUAUUAAAUAUUUCGAAACUUUUCUCCCGUAAGGUACGAACUCACAGAAAAACGCAGCAUUCCACCCUCCGAGACGCUUUUGGGAAUCCUAUAGCUUUUGCCCAGUUAACCACUGAUAGUUUCAACGCUUUCUUGCCUAAAACGUUUAUUAAAAACUCGAUCGCUCUGCUUCCGACCAUCCGGACAUUGGCCGGGACAGUUCUCUACGUUAUAAUUUUCACUCUAUAGGACGUGACUUUAGCGAUUCGUCGUUCUUUUCAAUCUCAUGGCAUCGGUACUGAUGGUGUCGCAGUUAGCAUCCUUAAAGCGGAUGCAAAUGCAAUUUUCCCAUCCCUCUUGUGCAAGAUAUUUAAUCCCACUCUUGAUAGUGAAAUCUAUCCUUCUUUGUGGAAGGAAUCACAAAUUCCGCCUAUUCCGAAGCAUGGCCGAUCUACGUCAUUUGAUGGCUUCCGGCCAGUAAGCACCCUGCCCAGAUUUUCCAAAGUCUUAGAGACAUUGAUCAGAGAUAAGAUGAUGUGUCACUUAACAGAGAAUAACCUACUGGGCGCUGUACAGCAUGGAUUCCUCAAAGCUCGCCCUUGUGACACCUGUCAGCUCUCUUACUUUGACCAUGUUCUCCAAUCUAGGGUCAACAGUUUUGCACAUUACACAGUUUAUUUCGAUUUCACUAAGGCUUUUAAUCGUGUUGACCAUGCUCUUCUUCUCUUGAAACUGUCCUCUUUCGGAAUAGGUGAAAAAUUUUGAAUUUUACAUCCUCUUACCUGAGCGCUCGCCCACAACGGGGUUAGAUUUCCCAUACUAUCUUCAACCCCAUAUGUGCGAGGAGCGGACUCAUUCAUGGUAGUGUACUCGACCUGCCAUUAUUUUGCCUUUUUGUUCACGUUGUACCAAAUUCAGUUCAGAAUGGUUAGCCCUUCAUGUAUGCCGAUGAUCUGAAGGUUGCAUAUAGGUAUGAGCCGACAUAUCGUGACAUCGAGCUCGAGCUCCUGAAUAACUAAAUUAAAUAACCAAUUCUUUGUCAAGACCCGUGAGAGUCCUGUCAUAGCGACCUACAGGCCUUUGCAAAUUGGAGCCACACAUUGCGCCUUUCCCUCUCUUGGAAUAAAUGUUCAGUCAUGAUAGUUGGCAACGACCGCCAACCUCAACUAAGUAUUGACGAUAACGCCAUGGGGUUAUUAAGGAUCUGGGUGUAUCAUACUCCAAGAGUCUUCACCUUUCAGAGCAUUGUGUCUUGACAGUCUCCAAAGCAGGUGCAACGACCGGGUUUAUCCUCCGAAACUUCAAAACUAGCGAUAUUAGAAUGCGUCUUUAUAAGCCGUUCGACCUGGACUGGAAUACAGUUCGUUUUUAUUUAGCCUCAUCCGUGCUGUUGAGCGGAAGAAAAUAGAAACCGUGCAACAUUUUUUACCAAGAGAGUUUUAGCCCCGAAACACCGGAUUUUGUCUUACCGAGAGCGUUGCCGGCUUACAGGUCUUAAUCCUUUAUGGUUUCGUAGAUUACGAAAAGGACUAUUUUUACCAUUUUAGCUUUUAUAUAAUCGUACCUUUAACCCCCUCACUACUUUAAAACAUCUUGUCCACCCCCGACGUAACAGUCACCGUGAGGUCUUUUUAUUUCUUCCUCUGGCAAGUUUAAUAUCGUCGGUUCUUUUCUGUGGAUGCAAUUGCUAUUAGGAAUAAACUACCCAGGAAUGCGAAAACUCUACAAAACUAUCCUUUAUUAAAGAGAAUUAUUACUCCAUUUUUAAAUUCAGAAAAACUCCCACAAAUUUUGGAUGCUGAAUCCACAGAUCGAAUAUACCUUGGCGAUGGCGUUUGUGGUCUCUGAUUACUAUGGCCGGUCUCACCAGGGACAAUUUCUUUAGCCAACAGCGACGGCUGUUCUUCCACCAUCCUGUUUAUUUUUUUUGUCAGGAGCUCUUUACACUGCUAGCCGGAUUUGGGCUUAAUCAUUCCCUGACAAUGCCUGCAAACUGGCACCAAAUACAAUUAUUAUUAUCAUCAUUAUCGGUAUUAUUAUUAAUAUAAGCAAGCAUAGUUAAUGCCCGUUAACAGGUAGUGUCAGGGAUGGAUUAAGCUCAUAUCCUGCAGCAGUGGAAAAACGCCCGAUAAUAAAAUAAAUAGAAUGGUGUUUUGUAUAGUUUGGAGGGUGCAGGAGAGAAAAAACUACUACUCACGAAAUGAUGACAAUCAAGAAUGGGAGGGGUAGCACUGCAUCGGAUAUAUAAUGAGUUCAUGAACUAUCUGAAAAAACUUUCCUGUCAUAUAUUCCAAGUCACUUAAUUUAACACAUAUGUUCCAGAAUAUAGAAUAAAGGUCAGAGUUGCGUUGCGGGUUUGAGUUCGGGGUGAGUAUUCGAUUAAGGGAGAAAUUUUGGUUAGCGUGUAAAUUUAGUCUUGUUGGGAUUGAAUACUUUGGCCGAAUUUGGAUAUAGUGUAAAGAUGGAGCCAAAGUUUUCCCAAUUCUUGCUUGUUAGGCUAAGGUUGAUAGCGGAUUGCUAGAACAAUGGAUGUUGUUCCCAUUGGACGGCACACGCAAGUUAAGCCAUUUUAGAUUAUCUAUUUUUAUUGAUGUAGGACAGUUUGAACGGUCAGUCUCACUGGGUCUAACAAAAUUAAGUCAAGAGUUUUUGUUCGAAUUUUGGGCAUUUCUUUUUGCCAUCAGCGAUGCCGUAUAGGCUACUCAGAAUGUCCAUAAUAACGGCCCCGAAGAUCCUAUUGGCCAUGGCCUGCUUUCUUGUAUACUUGACAGUUUAUUUUCGCAUUUCCAUUGGUCUAUUUUAUGUAAAAGUAUCCGAGUCGUCUGAAGGCCCUAUAAAGACCGAGGACGACUGACGCUGAGCACCUUGGACCGAAGGACGCUUUCCGGACGCCACCGCUGCUCCUCCAUCGCCUCUGCUGCCCGUGCCCAACAAGGUUUGCCUCCAAACGAGCCUGCCUCUGCCAUAAUACAUCCCAGUGUUCGCGAUUCCAACUGAACUCCAACCCUCCUCUUUUUGUCGUUAUAAAUAAUCCCCAAACUACAAUUUGGAGCCUGUCUUCUUUUCUCACUGGGGACUAGAAGGAACUCUACACGUAGCAUUAUUAGCCCUUAUCCUUCCUGGGUGCGAUACAAUAAUGUAAUUGAGCGCGCUCUCCAAACGACCCAAAAAAACCCAAAAAUAAACCCGUCAGCAGGACGAUAGUUAGUUCAACCAAGCAUAUAUGAAAGCAAAGACCGCUGAAGAACAAAAUAAGAUGAUAAUCCCGCUGAAAAUACAGUUUCACUAUAGUCGCAACUGACUGACUACAGUCAAUACCUACACUUAGCCGUCCCUUCAUCAGUUCAGCAGGUCUACUCACUGAUACUUACUCACGUCGGCGGGUUGUCCUCUGCUAGCCGACGACCUCGAAAAAUCCUGAAGUCGGAUUUGGUUGUUUGAACUUUCCAAGAAUGGUAACCAUAUUUUCACUUGCGUUCACAUAUACUUUUAUCCUAGACAGUAGCUGCUCGUGACUACCAAAUUUGCCGUUCUGCAUUAAUCGCCCAAAGUGCGCAUGCAUGUCGUAGAGUUGUAACUAAACCAACUUUUCGGAGAACUGAGAUUAUGCCUGCGAAAGUCCUGCGAACCCUGUUCCUUGAAAAUUCCUGCCGUUUCGACCUUUUUCGGUUGACAUAGAGCCAUGGUUAUUAUCCACUUUAAACGACGUUGUAAUGAUUUUGCCCCACUUUCUAUGAACCACAUAAAAAAGUAGUAGGCACUUCUUGUCUUGUAAUCGUAGCUAUUUGACUACAAUGCACUUGUCCACAUAUCUCUUACUUGACAAAAUUUCUCAAUAGCAUUCCCCGGGUCGCUCAAUAACUGGAACUAUCCUUCCGCUAUAAUUCCCUUGAACUUUAACUCAAUUAGAGACGUAUAGGCUAACGUAACGCAUGUGAAAUUGUUCGGCCAAUCGCCUGAUGACCUGCGGAACGGUUCCGCAGAGAGUGUCAAGCCUGUCUCAUUUUAUUAUUAAUGUGAGCUCUUAUAAGGAAAUGAAUUACACCUUGAUUUUACAAUGUGGGUAUGUCGUACUGAUGAAUGCGCAUGGGUGUGCGCUUUAGAGCUGCUUCCAAUUGGUACGUGUGUUCAUGGUCGUGAGCAUAACUCCAGUUAUAUCCUGUGCGAGACUUAAGUCUCGAUCCCGUUCGCCAUAAUUCAUGCUGGAAGGGAAAUUUACUAACUUUUAUCGGGCUCUAUGGGUACGAACUUACCAGGACUUGAAAGUCAAUUCAGUGGUUUCAGUUCUUUUUAUUACAUACUACAGUCACGCACAUAUGCAACACAUGCGUUCUCUAUGUCAGCCAUUGCCUCACCUUUCCCGUUUUCCUCAUCAAGGCGGAGGAAAUUGGGACCAUAAGAACAAAGUCGCUUAGAAGGACUAUUUGAUGGAUUACGCAGCCUGUCCCUUUUUUACUUUCAUCGGUAGUCUUCUCCUUUGUGUGGUAAAAUCUCACCUUCAAACCGCAUUUUCUUCAUAUCGAGUUGGUUGUGACCACAAUUUCGUCGCAAACCAAACUGCCGUAUAAUACUUAGUGAAGUAUAUUCAUGAGGUUUCUUUGGGUUUUUGGGUAUAGGCGGGUCUUCAACAGCCGCUCGGGCUACUUCUUUUCGUGGUUAUCUCCUCUAGUGCUUUUGGAAAGAAUCUUACCAUAACACAGCAGUAGCAAACAAACGUAUUUAGUGGCUUUUCACGGUCGCCGUGUCACUCUUCUACCAUCGACCGUUGUGAUUUUUUGUAAGGCGGUCGGCGUGCCAGACCUCAUCCCUCCGCGCCCUGGUAGUCUUGUCGCUGUUCAUUCGCAACUUCCUAUUUACCAGACCCGAAAACCCGCUUAGUUUGCAUCUAACCCUCGCUGAAGGCCGUUCCACUGUUCAUCACCUGUGGGGCGCUGGGUAGCCAGCUACCUGGCUAAUGGGUUGACACACAGUCUGGCCUCGUACGUUCGAAUCUUGUGUUUUCUUGUGAAUACCUUGGAGACCAUGAGAGCUUCGUAAAUUGACACAAUAGGCUUCCUUAUUUUAGUAAAACCAAGGUACAGAUGUAAAAAAAUUUAGCCGGUUUGCCCGCACCUGGCUACCCAACUGAAAAUGAGUACUUCCGUUUUGUUGCCUUUGAGCAGUACCUUUAUUUUUCGAGUUAUCAUUUUCUAUCCAAGCUUUAGGUGUUUGGUAGGUUUACGCCCAAUAAAACUGGACGUUCUUCCUAGACUGUCGCGUUUGAGGCGAAUAGGACGUCUAGAAUAUAUCCGCAUGUUCGUCAGAGGCUGACGUUGAGUGCGAAGUACCCCAAGAUUUUUACCUUGGUUUGUUUUGAAGCUUGAAGAAGAUUGUGGUAAACUUCUACUGCCCUCCUAGACACACUUUUGGCAGUCCAGUCCAACUUUUCUCUGUGCAACUCUCUGAGAUGACAAACAAGGGUCUGUUCCUUUAAAAAGGACGAGACAGCCAGCCAGUUGGGACUGUUUUUUUUCCUUUCUUAAGCUCUCGCUAGAAUCUUUAGUGUGCAUGUUUGCAGUACUUCUAAACCACCUCCUGCCGUCUGCCUAGUUUCAAUUUUAACCCAUGCAAAAUGACCAAAGGAACCGCUCUGAAUUUUCGACUGUCACGCAAUGUCAUUUAUUAUUCAUUCUCUCUGGUGUGCUCUUUUACUUGUAGUUCUUCUGCUCGUCGGGUCAACAUGUUGCGCAACUGGAUCAGACUCCCACUGUAGGUUUGCAUCAUUACUAAAAUAUGCUUAGUAUCUUCAAACCGUCAAACUCUCGAUUGUCGUCACAUGUACACUCGAGGAUGGAUGUUGAGGAAGUGGCGACCUUUCAGAGAGCUGCAAAACAUUGGUGGAAUCCCGAUGGUGAGCACACUGUUUGCAUAUCUCUAAAAUUUAUCAUGGUAUUUAGAGACACACAUUAUUAACUUCGCUGGUCUACGGAGAUUUACAUGCUUCCUUUAAGGCCCUAUGGGUCCCCUUCACUCCAUGAACAAUCUACGCGUCACAAUGAUUACUGAUGCAAUAAAAUCCUCCUCUCCGAUUGGACACUUUCCUCUCUAUGGUAAAAGGAUCCUGGAUGUUGGAUGCGGUGGUGGGAUCUUGUCAGAGGUGUGCGCCCUGAGCUCCCAAAAAUGUCUCAUUGUGCCGCAUUUGAUAUUUUCCACAGUCGGCCUUGUUUUCACAGCCUUAGUAGCGACCUUAACUUAAAUUUAGUUUUUAAAACGGACGAUCUUUUGGAAACUACGAAAUAGAAGUGCACUGUAACUUCGCCCUUGGAUUUCGUUGCCACGAAUUUUCUUCUGACGCAUUUAUAUCGUUGUUUUCGCAUGCCAUUCUGCCUUGUUAGCUACACUAAUUGGACAAUCUUAUCCUAUAAAGGCACUUACUUUUAUCUGGCUUUAUUCUGAAGCCUUUAGCGCUUCUUGGAGCGAGUGUACGGGGCAUUGAUCUCACCGCUGAGGGUAUCGAAGUUGCCGAACAGCAUGCCUCUACUCAUGAUCCCGACCGCUGGUCAACUACGCCCUUCGGGGCACCUGACUAUUCGUGUUGCAGCGUGGCCGACGUUGCAAGAGAAAACCCUGGCGAGUUUGACGUGCUCGUCGCAUCCGAAGUCUUGGAACAUGUUUCAGACUGGGAGAACCUGAUUAGAGACGCAUCUCUUUGUCUAAAGGUGAUUUUCCUUUUUUCAUACUCUUGACUCGUAUUCAUAUGAUUUUGUAACAGAAAUCUUAGAUAUUUCGCCUGAUAGAACAUCCGCCAACGCCUUUUUAGCCACGUCAAGUUGGCGGUAUCGAUUAUAUUCCAUCUCUUAAUGUGCAGUCUAGUACGACCGCGUUCUGUUAUUCCUUAUUGAUAGUUUCCAGAAAAAUCGCCACGACUCCCAUUCCUUGGAUAUGCGAGUUGUCUAGAUACUAUCUACUAGAAGAGAAUUCUAUUUACUUUGCUGAUAUCGUCUCUAAAUGCAUUUUGAAGUUGUCUUUCGGAUUGAUAUUUUAUAAGUUGCCAACAGAUGAUACUUUCUCCAGAUUAUAACAAAUCGUGGGUGACUUCCAGUGUCGCUAGUCUUAACCAUCGGUUACAUUUACUUGGAACUAACUCAGAAGAAGAUGCGAUCCCAAUAAAAGUUUGACAGAUAUCACGAAAUAUUUAAGAACUCUUGACCUCUCAUCCAUAUUCUUGGCCCUUGGGCCUAUUAAAAGCGAACUUUUGCCAAAUCUACCUUCUUCAAUCUCCACUACUGCUAAAGUUAAGCAACUCCAGUACUCCCUCUACCUGUCUCGGCAAUUGUCAGCAUUCCAAUUUUGUAGAUGGUUAACGCUUCCCUCUCAGUCGUAAUGCUUCGCGUUGUCAGUCUAAGGGACCAAUUUGAUCCAGUUGCACCCCAAAGUCUCACAGGGAUCCAUAACCUUUAAUUUCGGAUACGACAUUUACGCACAUUUAAUGGGAUAUUUGGCCUCCGAAAAAUGCCGUGCUCGCACUCCCAAAGUCCCGUUUUUACUACCUUUGUGCCCUCCUAUAGGGAAGUCUGGUUUAUGUCCAUUAACACUUUACUCGUCUUCGUAUUGCGGCCUUUUAUUGUGAAGUUUCGUAUGCAUUUUCUCCCCGAAUAUUUUCCUUAUUUGGCCAUGCUGCAUGUUUUGUUUACUCCGUGUAGCCUGGCGGAAGUCUCUUCGUGACUACGCUCAAUAAAACAAUUCCAUCGUACAUACUGGCUAUCGUAGUAGCUGAACGGCUCUGCGGCUUAGUGCCUCUCGGGACACACUCGUGGGACAAAUUUAUUGAUCCAGAUCGGCUCAGACUUGCUGCAGUCCGGCGUAAGUCACCACCGAGCGGGUCUGUGUUCCCCGUUCCUCCUGUUUUGCUUAAUUUCCUCUGGUUUUACUCUAGUCUAAACUAUAAAUAUGCUCAGGAGCUUUUCGGAUGGCGACUUGUCACUAGCUUUUGCUUCUGAGCAACUGGCUUCCCCGCCGAUUCUGACGCCUCCUUAAUGGAGUUCAAGUGAAUGAAUGAAACUAUUUGGAGAUCUUUAGUAGUGAUGGAUAGCUAGGAUAGCUUUUAGGAACCCUAACUACACACGGGGUGCUCGUGCAUAAUCUUCAUACUAUGAGCUGUUUUGGGCAGCUGCUGUUAGCAAGAGCAGCAAUUUGAAAGAAACCGUGAGGAUCAGAUUGAUUUUGGUUUACCUUGCGACCGUUGACUUUUUAAGACCAAGCACCGGGUAGAAUGGGAUUAAUGGUCUAGUCUGGAGUUCGCCUACAUUUCGGAGUCUCGCAUUCGCAGGUGCUACUGAACUCUCGAGAAAAACGUAGUAUUAUAAUUUUGAUUUUAGUUUACAAUGCAUAACCAUGUUCUCCGCAAAGAAGAGGCCUAUGUGCACCAACAUGGCAAGUCGCCGUUUUGUGAUAGUCUGAGCCUUGUCCGUUCGUCAGAUCUAGGUCUUCUUUUCCUUUUGUAGAUAAUCUUCAGCCAAGGAAGCUUUUGGGCAUGACGUACAAUCCUCUCAUUAACAGAUGGAGUUGGAUAUCCUCGUUGGCCGUGAACUACGCCUUUCAUGCUGUCAAGGAAAUCGACUAG